UGGAGAUCUCGCUUACAGAUCUGUUGAAAGAAGAGUUCUCGGAAAAAGAACGAAAGGAGGAAGUCAGAAAGUGACCAAACAUAUUUCCUGAAUUAUUUCACAAUCUGUCCGUCAGUCAGUCAGUUUACAGUCUUUACUGUCUGGAGAAGAAGUCGACUCUUAAAACUAAGGAUGGAAGUUCUGGACAGAAACAUUCUCUGGAGCUUCAUGUUCCUUCUGGCAGGUGCUGUGGGUCAAAGUGUGAACUAUCUGGUUCCUGGUUGUGCUGUGAAAGGAUCGACUGUCAACCUCCCCUGCACCUUCACACCAGUUAAAUCUGACAUGGACAAUGGAAGAGAGGGUUUAAUAGAGAUCAUCAGAGUCGUCUGGUGCCGGAACCAUGAAAUCUGUCAGGGCGGAACUCCGUCUGUGUACGACAGCGAUUUAACCACCAACAACCCUCGUUACAGAUACCUGGGAGACAUGAAGGGAAACUGCACUUUACAGAUCACAGAUGUACAGAAGGAAGAUGAAGGAACUCUUCGCUUCAGAAUGGAAGCUAACUACAAGGAAGCAAGUUUUACUGGCCGACAACCAGGAGUGAAAGUCACCGUCACUGAUCAGACUCCAAUGAAGAUAGAGAGCUCCAGUGACAGAGAGUUUAAAAAAGGUGACUCAGUCACUCUGAACUGUACGCUUACUACAAAGUGUACUUUCCACCAACUGAAGUUCACCUGGUUCAGAGAUGGCCACGCCCUCUCUGAGUCUGGUCCCACUCUCCAGUUCGCCGCUCUGGCCGCUAAGGAUUCUGGGAACUACACCUGUGAAUUUAAGGACGUCGGCACACUCUCCUUGCCGAAGAGCCUGUACGUGAAGGCUGAAGAAGCAGGAGAAAAUGGAGGACAUGGUUACCUGUAUCCGACAGUCGCUGUGGUGUUUGGUGUCCUGCUGCUUGUCUUCGCUCUCAUUCUGGUCUUCAUCAAAAGGAAGCAAGCAGCAGCAGCAGCAGAUAAAGGUCAGCCAGCUAUGGGAGGUGAGGUGGAACAAAAGCCUCCUGAUAUCAUCUACAGUAACGUCCUGCAACAGGAACCCAGCCGGGCCGUGGAGGACGUCAGCUACUCCUCGGUCCAGUUCAAACACAAGAACCAGGCCAGGCCAGCGGAGGCGGCGGAGGACGCCAUCAUCUACAGCUCAGUAGUCAGCCGAGGCUGAAGAGAAACCAUCUGAUGACGAGACGUCAGGCAACUUGGAGAAGGAGAACUUUAUUAGCCUGCAGGUGUGUUACAGUACAGCAGCAUGACGUUUAAGGUGUUCAUUAGUUAUGUUAAAUUAAACUAAUCAGAACAUCUAGCAAGCUAAACUAAAGACCCAAAAAUGUCUUUAUGAAACUAGCCGGUGAUGUAAAUAUCUUUCAUACUGCAAACUUUAUUCCAUUUAUUAUCAAUAUUACACAACAAAGAAACACAGGAGGUUCCUGUGGAGUAAGUGUAUACAUAUAUAAAUAUAAUAUUCAAUAUUCAUUUUUGUUUCUAACUCUGUCUAUAUUAUACUACACUCCCUGCAGACUUGCUAUUAUUACAAAAUACUUUGUUAAAAAAAUAAAAACUCUGCAACACAACUGCUGAACUGAUCUGAAAGUCUGAAGCUCUCUGAUUGGACGAUUCUUACAGCGAUGCUCUCUGGGGCUUGAAGUUGAACACAGUCUGCUACCUUCAACUUUUUAUCUGUGAAGGAGUAGUUUGUUUGUAGUGAUUAUGAAUUAUUGACUUGCUUUGUUUUUCUUUUACCUCGCUGUUUUACUUUUGAAUUAAUGAUACUUUUUUUGUAAUUUAUUGAAUUAUAUGUAAGUAAAUGUUUUGUCUUGUAUGUAAAUAAAGAAUAAUUUCAUUGAGAGAUGAGAUUUGAAAAACA